AUGACCAUGUAUGGGGGAACGGAAAUUGUCUCCUGUCGAGCUUUCCCUUCAUCUCUUAAGGGCGCGGCGACAUCAUGGUUCUCAUGGUCACCGUCGAACUCCAUAACAAGCAUUGCUCAGCUCUGCCGAGCCUUCGUCACGCGCUUUCAGAGCAGUAUGAAACAUAUAAAGAUGAUGGUCAAUCUCCUGACCGUGGAGCAAAGGCCCGACAAGUCAAUUCGAGCAUUUAUCUCUUGUUUCAACAAGGAAUCCUUGGACGUCAAGGAUUUGGAUGAGGCUACGGCACACACGGCAAUGAGCAACGGCCUCACAGACAUGGACCUCAUCAAGGACUUGGCCCAAAAACCAACCAAGAACAUGGCUGAACUCUUAGAGAGGUGUAACCAGUUUGUGAACAUGGCUGAGGUGCUCCAAGUGCAAAAAGCGAACAAAGGAAAGAUCGAGAAGAAAAGGCCAACAAGUGAAUGA